UCUUGUGGUAGCCACCAGAGCGGGCAGAUUCUCCGUGUUGUGUUCCGUGGGAAGAAUCCCUCUAAAGUGGUGACCAAUUGGGAGGUAAUUCCCAAUCUCUGCAAGGUUUUUCCACAUUCUCUACCCUCUUGAUCCCACAUUUGUGUGAAUUGUGCGUGUGCGAAUAUUUGGUGCCCGAGGUUAAAGGCAGAGUCCCCCAAAGGAAUGAAUCAGUGAUUGUGCUCCGGAGAGUGUAUCUUUGAAAAGAGAGAAGAGGGGAUUUUUUGUCUUGCAGAUUACAUGACUCCCAGUGUUACAUAAUUGCCGGUGGAUCGACUUUGUUGAGAGGAUUAAAACGGCUCCAAACAAGGACAUGGCACAAAUGUUCCCUCCAUCCAAAAUUAGAUAUUGAAUUCUUUCUUUUUUUUUGCAAAAAAAGUGGGAGUGUUGGUUGAAAAGUGAAUAUAGUCCAAGAGAGGGAAAAUUCUGAUAAUUUCAUUUUGGAGGGUGUGUUUUCUGUGGACAAGACGAGUAGAGUUUUGGAAUAAGGAGCCAGAAGCACAUAAAUUUUUUUUCAAGCUCUUUGGGUGUGGGAUUUAUAUUUGUUCUCAGUGUUUCUUGUCUGUGUGAAUUCCUCAGUAAUUACUGGUUGGUGCUCUUUUCUGUGCUUUUUUUUGUGAAGAACGCAUCUCUUUCUGUGGGCAAAAAGUGUCCCUUUUCCCUUGAGCUCAAGGACAGUUGAACACCCAGAAAUUGUCCUCGAGGGCAAUUGAGGGACACGUAAAUUCCCACUGUGAUGAUAAUCGUGAAGUGCGUGUGAAAUUGGAUGGAAAAUUAGGCCAAAUAAUUGGGAUUUUAUAUUUGUUGCCGCACCACAAACAACCCAUUUCGAAAAGUUUCUGUUUUCUGGAUAACAUUUUUGCAAUCUUUCUGAUUUCCCAACAGACGUUCACAUUUGGAAUAUUUUGUGGAAUGAAUGCAAAAAAUUGAAUUAUUUUCUGUGAAUUUUCAAUUAAUUUAUAGAGUGCUGAUAUUUUGAUUAUAUGGGAGUAUUUUCUAUUUCUAUUUUCAAUUCAAAUAGUUAAAGUGUCACUAAAUAUCAACUCUGUGAUGUAUGUGCCAGAAUUUUGGGGUAUAAUCUGUUCUAUAAAUUGCAAAAUUUAAUCGAGCAAUGGUUUUAGGGGACUUUUGAUGGAUUUUCCAGACAAAUACCCACAAGAGUUCCCUCUAAACAAAAUCACGAAGCUAAAGAUGCGAUGGAUGAUGGUAAAAAUGGCAUUUUCACAGUGAAUUGGGUGAUUUUGGUAUUGAAUGCCACGAAUAGAAGGUAAAGAAAUAAGGGAUGAUGGACGUGAUCGAGUGCUAUCGUGAUAGAGCAUCCACUUCGCAUGAUUACUUAUGAUACGUGUGAGAUUCAGAGAACAUUUCCCAAAGAGGGUGCAUCUUGAGAGUUUGACAUAAUAUUUGUGUUGUGUAGUUUUUCCAAUCUUUUGGUGCUCUCUCUGGUUUCCAAUUUCUCUGCUGAAGUGGUAGCUAAAGGCAGGAAGAAAAAAAAAACAGCGCUUAAGAUAUAACCACAGAGUGUAGAUGAGGUUGUUCCAUCUCCCAUUUUCAACGCCACAUCCAAUGCCCUAGAAGUGGUGCAGUGCUAAAAGCGUAAGCUUACCUCAAAUGCCAAUGAUUGGAUACUGUGUGGCUUGAAGGACCAGACGAACAGAGAGAGCCCGAUAAGAGUGCCAGUACACAUGACAUAGGAAUCAUGUUCACAUCGUCGAUUUAUGUGUUGUCACUCGCUGCAAUUCUGUGCCAUGGAUUUUCAACUCAUCACAAUGACACAGAAGCACUAAAUUCCAGCACAGAGUAUACCAAGAAUGCGCCAGAUACCGAGGAACCAGACCCACCCAGAGUUGAAGCUCUGCUGGGAGUUGGUGAAGAUCAGGCUGACUUGCCCGUCUUCCCUCAGCGACCUGAUGCCGUGUACUUUGUGGUGGCCGCAGUGGGUGGUGCUCGUACAUGGGGCCGCAUCCUGGGGCGCACCCUCCUCGACAUGGGACCACCACUCAGCAGCCCCCAAGGACCGGUUUUGCGGCCCAUUUACGUGGAUCUUCCACAGAACGGCAGAUUCUCCGCCAAACUCCUGACGUCACUUUGCCAGAAGACAGAGAAUCAGCCACUGACUGGAAUUAUUGUGAUCGGCGAGGGACAAUCUGCCCGAGCCACAGCACUGUCCGGAUCGGCGAUGAAGCUGCCGGUGCUCUGGGCAAAGGGCGGAACCGCCAGCCUUAAUGGAUUGCACAAAGAGAUCCAAACACCCUUUCAAGCGAUGCUGCAACCGUCCUCAAAGGAAAUUCUAGAAGCAAUAAGAGCACUGUUUCUACAGACUCACUGGCAUUCAUUCUUUAUCAUGUCGGAUGUGGAGGCGUCAAUGAUGCUGGGAGGAAGUGAAGGUGCACCACUGAGAGAUCCACCACUUGUUCCUACAAUUUUACCGCUUCCGGCAAACAACGAUGAUGUGUUCAGACAAUUGGCCCAAGUGUCCAAGUCAACAAGAGGAGUUGUUCUUUUGCUGUGUGACUUGUUGGCUGCCCGAAAAGUCAUGGCAGAGGCACAGCGACUGAAUAUGGUUGGGGGUCAUUUUAUUUGGCUGUGGGCCGACCCCAGUUCCACCACAGAAUUCUAUGAUGUUACUCAACCAUCCGAAGUGGAGCUGAGUGAGAAGCUAGAGAGUGAAAAUCCAGAGUUCUCGGCCGCUAUUCGCAGGGAAAGUGAUUCAUGGUAUAAUCCAGUUGGUGGAACACUUUCACACCAUUUGGAUGAUCUCGAGGAGCGACGAUUGGACUUCGACGAGUACGGUGUGAGGAAGAAACAAAGGGAAAAGUCACGAGCUCUCCCCAGGCAGUUUGGUGGACAGAUUCUUGGUCUCAAAACGGACCAAGGUGCCAAAACCGUGAGACGGAAAAGAGGCGAAAGUCCUAGUCCUGUGCUUCAAUCACCCACAGACGAGAACUCGCACGAGUCAUCGUCUCUGGAGACGGACGUGGAUAGUGGCAGGAGUCCCUCGGGUGAGGUGAACGUGGCCAGAAGCAGCGAGGAGAGUGAAUUAAAUCCUGUGCACAAUGACAUAAAGACGCCGGCGCGUCGUCAGUAG